CGGGGAGCGGGGGGGAGAGGCCGGGCUGGGCGCCGGCCGCCGCCGCGCUGCGGAGCCCGUCCUGCACCAGGCGGCGGAGUCAGAGCGAGCGCCCCAGAGCCACCGCCAGCUGCGGCGGCCGUGCCCGCACCGCCUUCCUCCUCCUCAUCAUCCCUCCUUCUCCUGCUCCUGCCAGCCCGGCUCGGCUCGGCUCCCUCCGGCUCGGCGUCCCGCCCGGCCGCCCCGCGCCCGGCUCCCGCCCUCUAUGGAUGGGAAGGCAGCACCCAACGGCGUGGCCACCAUCGAGGACAGGAUCUUGCGGAUCACGGGCUACUAUGGAUACUACCCGGGCUACUCCAGCCAGAAAAGUGCCUCACGAUCAUCUGUCAUCCAAUGCAAGCCAGGAGGCAACUGCCCCAGCAGACACAGAGGCAUGACUAGGCAGCUCUCCCCUCUAUCUGUUGCUGAAGAUUCUGCUGCUCCCAUUCUUGAGCUGCAGAAUCGAAGUCCCUUGGGAAUCUGUCGGCACAGCAGAGUCGAGAGGCAGAGCAGAUCAGGAGAAGAAGGAACACAAACGCACACAGAGAGCAGCAGCCAAGAAGCUGAAGGACAGACACGAUGCCAGUCCUGCACAUCCACAUUUCUCAAGCUUAUCUGGAGAUUUCUGAUCAUUUUGUCCGUCUCUUCUUCCUGGGUCGGGACCACGCAGUUUGUCAAAAUCACGUAUGAGACCUUUGACUGUCCUUUUUUCAUGACUUGGUUCUCAACAAACUGGAACAUUAUGGUUUUUCCCAUUUAUUAUUCUGGGCACCUUGCAACUGCGCAGGAAAAGCAGUCUCCAAUCAAAAAGUUCAGGGAAUGCAGUCGGAUUUUUGGUGAAGAUGGUCUGACGCUGAAACUCUUUCUUAAAAGGACUGCUCCCUUUUCUAUUCUGUGGACUUUGACUAACUACCUGUAUUUACUGGCUUUAAAGAAGCUGACAGCCACAGACGUCUCUGCCCUAUUCUGUUGUAACAAAGCUUUUGUCUUCUUGCUUUCUUGGAUUGUGCUGAAAGACAGGUUCAUGGGAGCACGGAUAGUUGCAGCAAUAAUGGCAAUCACAGGAAUCGUAAUGAUGGCAUAUGCAGAUGGUUUCCAGGGUGAUUCAAUUAUCGGGGUAGCAUAUGCCGUUGGAUCAGCCUCUACAUCUGCAUUGUAUAAGGUUUUGUUCAAAAUGUUUCUUGGAAGUGCAAACUUUGGGGAAGCGGCUCAUUUUGUUUCUACCCUGGGCUUCUUCAAUUUAAUUUUCAUCUCUGUUACCCCGAUCAUACUGUAUUUUACAAAAGUGGAGUACUGGUCCCCCUUCUCUGCUGUGCCGUGGGGUUACCUGUGUGGAGUGGCCGGCCUCUGGUUAGCUUUCAAUAUUCUGGUUAACGUCGGCGUCGUGCUUACGUACCCCAUUCUGAUCUCUAUUGGCACAGUGCUCAGUGUCCCUGGAAAUGCAGCUGUGGAUCUAUUGAAGCACAAAAUGAUCUUCAGCGUAGUGAGGUUGGGAGCCACCAUCAUCAUUUGCAUCGGGUUUCUGCUGAUGCUGCUCCCUGAGGAAUGGGAUGAAAUAACCCUGAGGUUCAUCAACAGCUUGAAAGAGAAGAAAAGUGAGGAUCAUGCCGAUGACAUCACAGACUCCAGCGUACACACGAGAAGCAGAAGUAGAGCUAAUGGGACAGUGUCCAUACCACUAGCUUAGGGCUGGUGAACUUUAAUUGCACGCAGGUGUAUAUUCUGUGAAUAUAGCUUAAAUCUCCUCACUACUUGUAUGCUUAAAACCAACAUUUACUCUGAACUGGAGAUGGACUGUAAGAUAAGAGAAAUACAUCUAUAAUAAAUGUUUACAUUUAUACACUUAUCAAGGAACGGGUGUAAAUAACUACAA